GUCGGGUUGGUUUCUGGGCUAGUGACGUCAGUUGUUGCAGAGUCACUGCAGACGGUUCGACUGUAAACAAGACGCUUCUGACGGAGAAAAGUCCCGAUCCGGUUCGAAAACCCCGAGUAUUUGGCUGCUGCAUAUAUUUAGCGCUGGUGUCGGUCCAUUAGCAGUUCUGUAGAACCUGCUCCGGGUUUUGAGUCUGCCGUGUUUUUUGUUUUUUUUGGAUUGUGUUUUGGCGGAGACAGAGCUAGCAUUAGCUUCUGCCCUUUAGCCUCUUUGGAACCAGCCAGAAUUUUCUGGACUCUUCUGGACUUGUGCUUGGCGUGGCCCGGACAACCUGAGCCCUGGGGGGCUGGUCGGAGCAGCCUCCUCCCACCAUGGAGGCCGGAGGGAACGACUGCGAGGAGGAGACGCUGCAGACGGCCUUCAAGAAGCUCAGGGUCGACGCUGAGAGUUUGUCCGGAGCUGAGAGCGUUUCCGAUGCGUUGACGCCCAGAGCGCCGGCCCGGGUCGGUCUGGACGGCACCAGCGGAGCGAAGGCCAAACUCAGCAACACCAAGGACACCUGGCACUGCUGCACGAGGAAAACCUCCAGAGGAACGUCAUCGAGGAGCCAGCGCCGUCGGCGGUCGAAGUCCCCCAUCCUACACCCGCCCAGGUUCACCUACUGCAGCAGCGCCGCCUCGGCUCUGGCGCCUCCUGGCGGCGGCCUGAAGCAGCAGCGACUGGCCGUGUCCGACCCGGCAGCCGACGACAUUCCGGUCCAGGCGGAGCAGCGUUGCUCUGCUGUGCCGGGCCGCUGCUCACCUGUUCUGUUCGGAGUCAGUCCGAGUUAUGAGACCCGGGUGGGGGGGGUGGGCUUGUCGCCAGAGGUUGCCACGGCAGCAGCGCCCCCACGGUGGGAAGGCGGGCACUCUGGAGAGGAGAAGGUUUCCCCCGAUGGAGCCUCGGCGCCGCUGAGGUCCGAUGCCGCAGAUUUUCGGGCUCUAUCUGAGCUUCACUGCACGGAGGGAACGCAAUCCCCCUGCGGCUGCCCCCUCCAUGCUGCCGCCGGCUCACAGGACGGCGGCGAGCGCGAAGCCGGAUCCGGCUGCAGCUGCAGGCAGCAAGGGCCCGGCUGGAACGGCGUGGAGGUUUACUCCUUCACAGGGCUGCGCAGCGCCCAGCAGGACGAGGCCAGAACUCUCAGCGGCAGCUCCGCCACGUCGCCGCUGGCGUCCGGUAGCUCCGCCCCCUGCGCUGCGUCGCCGCUGGCCUCUGGCUCUCCCCGGUCCUGCUCGGAACAGGCGCGCGCCUACGUCGAUGACAUCACGAUAGAGGACCUCUCCGGCUAUAUGGAGUACUACCUCUACAUCCCCAAGAAGAUGUCGCACAUGGCUGAGAUGAUGUACACCUAGACCUUCAGCAGUCACAGAGGAGAGGUGUGGGUUAGAUUAAAGCUGUUUUAAUCUGGAUUAUAAUCCCUUCAGACUGACUGGAUCGCGCCUCAGCCGAGCGUCUCUGUAGGUUUCAUCUGGUUUCUGUGUCUUCUGUCAAUCACUCUGUUUUCCAGAUUUCAAGUUUACAAAUGAAGUUGCCAAAACUCGUGGGAGUUUUAAUCCCAGCUGGGAUAAAAACUCGUGGGAGUUUUAAUCCCAGCUGGGAUUCUGUCUGUGGUUCCUGGGUGAAUAAAGAAGCUGAAUGAUCCACUGGGAA